AUGGAUUUCUUGAAGCUUUUUGUUGUUGCAUUAAUGCCAGUUCUGAAGGUGCUGUUGAUCACUGCUUUUGGGACAUUCCUUACACUAAAACGCUUCAACAUACUCGGAGACAUUGCUAGCAAAAACAUGAAUACUAUGAUAUUUUUUGUCUUUGCUCCAGCUCUUGUUUGUAGCAGCCUGGCUAAAACCAUAACUUUAAGGAGCGUGAUAGUAUUGUGGUUCAUGCCUGUGAAUAUUCUUCUCUCAGUUAUUAUUGGCACAGCUCUUGGAUGGUUACUUGUUAAAAUAACAAGAGUUUCUCACCAUCUUCAAGGCCUGGUGUUGGGGUGUUGUUCUGUUGGAAAUUUGGGAAAUUUUCCUCUUAUUAUAGUUCCAGCAAUUUGUGAAGAAAGAAGUAAUCCUUUUGGAGAUAUGAAUGUUUGCCACACAAAUGGACUAGCUUAUGCUUCUCUCUCAUUGGCAGUAGGAGCCAUUGUAGUGUGGUGUUUUGGCUACAACUUUUUCCGCAUAUAUUCUCAGAAUAAUUCCAAUGUCGUCAAAGUUGAUGAAUCCACAAUAAAUUCAGCGUCUGCAACACAAAUUGAUGCAGAAAACCAUGGAUCUGUUGCUGCUGAUGAGGAUGAAUCACAAACCAAAAAUCGUGCCAAUCAACUUGAAAUCGAACUUACUGUGCCAGAUGGACAAGCAAAGAUUGUUGGUAUAAUAAUUGGCAUUGUUCCUCAAUUUCGAAAACUAUUAAUUGGUAAAAGCGCUCCUCUCCAUGUGGUUCAAGACUGUCUUAUUAUGUUGGGGGAUGUUACCAUUCCCACUAUGACUAUGUUAAUUGGGGCAAAUCUUCUCAAAGGUUUAAAAGGACAAGGAGUGAAGGCUUCACUUGUUGUUGGCAUUAUUGUGGUUAGAUAUAUAGCCUUGCCAGCAAUAGGUAUAGGCAUUGUUAAAAGUGCUGCUCAUUUCGGCUUAAUCCAUCAUGAUCCAUUAUAUCAGUUUAUUUUACUACUUCAAUUUACCCUUCCACCUGCAGUAUCCAUAAGUACAUUUUCUCAAUUAUUUGAAGUUGGGGAGGGUGAAUGCUCAGUUAUCAUGCUAGCAACUUAUUCCUGUGCUGUAGUUUCGCUUACUCUUUGGUGCACAUUCUUUAUGUGGCUUGUUCAGUAA